AUGGAAGACACUUUAACCGAACGAUCAAUCAAUGUUAAAUUUCGUUCUUCUAAUGGCGAUGCUUUCGAUAUGUGCUUUGAUCCUGGACAGUUGACUGUUCAACAACUAAAAGAGAGGCUUGUUACGCAAAUUUCUAUACCUGCAGAUAAUAUGCGUCUCGUUUACUCCGGAAGGGUAUUGAAGGAUGAGGAUAUGGUAGACCUAUACGCUAACCGUGCAGCCGAACAAGCAGCAAAUGUGACACCGAUUACAUCAACCCAAGGAAACGUUAAUGGGACGGCGACAAAUCCUUUUGGAAUUAAUCAUUUUGGAACCAGUCUCGAACAAGAUAUGAGAAAUAUGAUGAAUUCACCUGUAAUUAGGCAAUUGCUUUCUAAUCCUGAAAUUGUGAGGUCUAUGGUGAUGCAAAAUCCAACAAUGCGACAAAUGAUUGAGCGAAACCCCGAAAUUGGACAUAUAAUUAAUGACCCAUCCUUUAUCCGCCAGACAAUGGAUAUGGCACGUAAUCCCGAACUGAUGAGGGAGAUGAUGCGUAAUAAUGAUCGAGCAUUGGCAAAUCUUGAAACUAUACCAGGUGGUUUUAACCAUUUACGACGAAUGUACCAUACCUUACAGGAACCACUUGAGUCUGCAGGCCGACAUAAUGAUCAAUCAUCAGAGGCAGUAAACCAACGCCUUGCUCAAUUAUUAAAUUUACUUUAUUCAACAGAGGGGCGAAUAAAUAAUGUACCAUUGCCGAACCCAUGGACACCACGUAAUAGUGCCACUAUAGCAAAUGCUAAUAAUCCUUUUGGAUGUAAUUAUCAAAUUUUAGAGUUUAUUUUAUCUAUUUUAAUAUUCAAAUUUAAUGCUUAUAUUCAUUGUUCAGCACUUUCGGGAAUAUCUCCUUAUAGCAUCAUGGGUUUUCCACCUACUCAACUGUCUUUUUCACCUUCAUCAGCCGCUUCUCGAAACGCACCAACUACACAAGCUCCAACUCAAUCAACAACAGGGACACCAAGUACAGGAACUCCAACGACUAGCUCAUCAACAACCGGUUCAUCCAACUCAACAUCCUCAAACAUCCCAGCGCCGAACUUUAUGUUUCCAACAAAUGCACAGAAUAUUUCGACGGCUAAUGAUCCGGAGUUUAUUAGACGUUUUCAGCAACUUAUGCAACGUUAUAUGACAUCUCCGCAACUUGUAACAUCACGCCAGCAAAUGCCCCAAACAUAUUAUCCGGCAUCUUUCUUUGGAUCGCCUAAUCCAUUCUUCACUCCAUCACUUGGUGCAACACAGACACCAGUAUCUACUCAGCCGUCUGAACCCCCCGAAACACGUUUCAGAACGCAACUCCAAAUGCUUGAAGAAAUGGGGUUCGUUGAUCAAGCCGCAAAUAUCCGUGCUUUACUUGCUACUGGAGGUGAUGUCAAUUCUGCCAUUGAAUUCCUGUUGGCUCAUCGAAGUUGA